AUGUGCAUUUCUAAUUGCCAAACAUGUACCGAUAACAUUUACUGUUGUUUAUGUGCUGGCAAAGCUAAGCUCCAAGAAGACAAGAAAAAUGUUACACAACGUAAAUGCACUAUUGCAAAUUGCUUGGAGUGCAAUAACAAUAAUGAACGCAGUAAAUCUAUUGACAACUUUGAGUUGAGUGGAACACCUCCAACGUGCACUUCUAAAAAUGGAGCGUGUGGAGAUGGGUACUAUGGAGAAGCUGGAAAUUGUCAGAAAUGCAGUGUGAGUGGAUGCAAGAGAUGUAGUGAUGGUGAAACGUGUGAUAUGUGCAGUGGAAUUAUGAAUUUGGAAUUUAACAAGAAAAAGUGUUCGAAUGAUUGCCCAAUUGGAUAUUUCGCAGAUAACCAAAAGUGCUUGAAAUGUGACGAUAAGUGCAAUAAAUGUCAAGCAUUGGACGUGUGUGAUGAGUGUAAUGAAAACUUCAAAUUUAAAGUAGAAGGAAAAUGUUAUAAUGAAUGUCCUGAACACUACUUUGAAGGAAAUGAUAUGUGCAACAAAUGCAGCAACAAUUACCAAACUCCUUGCAAUACAACUGAAUGUGAAAAAUGCACCGCACCACAAAACAAAACAAAAAAUGGUGUUGACAAGAUAGUUAUAUUUGUUGCUAUGGUUGUACUGCUUUUUCUUUAA